AAGUUAUUUGAAAUCAAUGUCAAAUUCAAAAUUUUUGGGAUUCAAGCCCUAGGCAGUAUUAUGAGAGUCGCAUGCAAAACAAUUCUACGGAAAUGGACGAAUCAACAUGGCAGCCAUUGGCCUUUAGCCAAAAAACGUCUCCAAGUCCUCAAGUUUUAUAUGCUCCUAAUUACAGCCGAUUGCCUGAAUUGGCCUAGAAACCUUACAAAGUCAAGCAGUGAUGGGGGCGUUCUCCAAGAUGAGCCAUUGCCAGGGAGAAGGAUGAACUUGAUGCUAGAAAAUUUCAAAAACCUGCUAUUACUAAAGGCAGAGGCUAGUCACGGCUCAAGCCAUUCCCAUUUCCGCUCUCCGACAAUACGGGACUACGAGAAUCAGCUGCGAUCCUACUCGACGCACAAGAAGAUAUUUUGCUACUUUGCCACGAUCAAGGUGAGGAGUAACGCCGGCAAAUGGAUUGUCUAUAUGACGCCCAAGGAUUUUGUGCGCUCGAUGUCGCCCAGCUGGAUGCAGCCGGAAGGCCUGGGGCUCAACAACUUUUUCAUAAUGCACAAGGACUCUGUGCAGCAGCUCAGCAUCCGGGGCGUAUCCAGGGACAGCGUAUUCUACAAGCUUCGGCCCGACGGCAUGCUCACGUACUCGGACUUCCUGUACCUGCUGCGGCUGGUGGUGCUGCCCGAAAGGUAUUUCGAGAUGGGCUUCGAGUUGCUCGAUGGCGAGGGCAAGCAGAUGCUCGACAAAAACGAUCUGAGCCUGCUGCUCUUCGGCGCUUCGGACGGCCGCAUGAGGCUCGAAACUUCGGUGAAGCAUUAUCUGUUCGGUGGCGAUCCCGAUCAGAAGCUGAGCCUGGACAGCCUGCUCAGGUUCAAGCGGCAGCUGUUCCAGGACAUCAUUCAGAUCGAGUUCAAUGCGCUGAAAAGGAAGUCGAGGAAAACGCAAGACGAAACAUCUGAUCGAUCGGCGAUCAGGAUAAGCGAGCUGCGCUUCGCCAACCUAUUGCUCGCCUACGCCCGGAUGCCGAGACAUCGGAAGAGGGCGAUACUGCAGCGCACCUAUGCGAGGUACGAGCACAACCGGCCUGGGGUCACGUUCGAGGAGUUCCUGUCCUUCUUCACGUUCUUGCAGCACCUGCCGGUCAUCCAGACGGCGCUCAGCUACCACAUCCUAGCCGGCGCAGGCGUCUCCCGCAGGACAUUCAAGCGCAUUUCGGAUGUCAUCGUGGGCGUGCCUCUCUCCGCGCACCUCAUCGACAUCGUCUUCACGGUGUUCGCCGAUGAGCAGACCGGCCUCCUGUGCCACACCGACUUCAUCGAUAUGGCGCGACAACGCAUCUCCCGCUGCACAAGGCGCUCCUUUAAGCUGGCGCGAGUGCUCAAGAGCGUCUACAGGUGUGCAGAGCAAACGUUGCUCAGGUACCCCCAGUCCAAGAGAUAUUGUUGAUACAACGCCCGAAAUGCAAUUUGCGCUCAAAACUCUCAAAGCCAAGGCAGCCACAGACAAUGUAAAGUGCGCUCUCCUUCUCUCUUUCUUUUUUUCGCCCUCUCUCUGUCUGUCUCUCUGAUUUGAUGCACUUUUGCGAGCUGCUCACUUAACUCCUUUGAGUACAAACGCUUUUAGCGGAAAGAAAUCUCAGCUGAAAGCCACUAACCGCAGUGGAGGCAGUCCUGGCCACGCCUCCCACCUACUCGCAUAUACAUGUUUGCAUUUAAGCCAGUGCAGAAUGUAAUUUGCUUUGCUUUCAGCGCUGCUAAACAAAGCAAACUUGUCCAAAUCUU